CAAGCAAAAGUAAAAAGAAGGCAAAAACAAAAGGCAAAAAUGUACGUGAAUUGUAGUUCAUCCUUAAAUAGGAAAGAUGAUGAUGAUGACAGUGCUUCUGAAUUUCCUAGAAUGAUUCGUAACUCUAAUCAGUUACGUGCUAAUUCAGUUCAUAAUCCUCGUCGUCCUGUUGUAGAUUAUUCUGAAAGUGAAGAUGAAGGACAGGCUCAGUGGUUUAACCAUAACAAGCCACCUCGUUCCACGAAUGAUAUUUCAUCACUUUUAAGAAUGAUGCUCAACCUCAGACAAGGUGCUGGUGCUGGUGCUGGUUCUUAUGCUGGUCGUACUUCCCAACUGAUUAUUAACCAGAAUCGUCGUCCUGUUGUGGAUUAUUCAGAUACUGAUGACGAAGUGAUAUCAGCUCACUACAGGCAGAUUAAACACUUUAGCCAUCCACAUGCCUUGAACAAGUACGACGUUGAACGAGACGAUGAAAUUAAGUGCAAAGUCUGCGGGCUGCAACUUGUUGGCUCAGCUUAUGGUUGUCAACCUUGUCAAUUUUACCUACACGUUUCGUGCUUCGAUCUGCCCCAAAAGAUUAAGCAUGAUUCUCAUCCUGCUCAUCCUUUGACCCUUCGAUAUCCUUCAUACUACAAGAACUGUGGAAAAAGUUGUGAUGCUUGUUGUGAGGAUAUACGACGAAGUUUUCUAUACUGUUGUGAUCCUUGCAAUUUUGAUCUUCAUGUUACUUGUGCUACCUUAUAUAGCAUUGCGAAGAGAGCUGAUUCACCAAAGGAUACUCUUCGACUUUAUUACUCGUUUCCUCUCAAUGACAACAAUCAUAUGCAUUGGAUUGCACGAUGCAAUGUUUGUAACAAGAAGGUGUCUAAGGAAGGUUGGUUGUAUUACAGUAGGGAUACUGGCUAUAUUGCACAUAUCAAGUGUGCUAAAGGUGCUAAAGUUGGGGUUUCUUGGAUUAAAGAGAGACUUAAUAUGCUUAAAGUUAAGUAGAAGUAUGUGAGAGGAUUGAUAUAUAUAUAUAUAUAUAUAUAUAUAUAUAU